UUGCUUUGUGAAAGCAUAAUAACAAUAGAAACCAGAUAAUCUUAUUAAUUCUUUGGAUCAGAAAACAAUGGAGGAUAAAAUUCAACAAAAAGGGUAUUAGGAAAAGAGUGCAGAAGAAACAGAAAAACCAGCCUAAAGAAUAGGAUCUUAGUCAAAUUUUUUUCUACCCAUUCAAAAUGUGAUUUACCUGCAGCCUGGGACCUUCUCCGGCCAAGAUGGCCAAGAAGGAAACGGAGGUGCGAAUUGGGUUUUCGGAAAUGGAAGCCGCCGGUCCGGCCGCCGUCGCCGACGUGAUCGUCGUUUGCUUUGUUGAUUAUCGAGAUGAGAAUGUGAUCGGUCUCGGCGUCGUGCUGUUGUCGUUUAUCCUCUUCUUCUCCUCCUCCUCUUUUCUUUUCUUCUUCUUCUUCCACUUGGAGGGUAAUCGACAUUCAGUGCAGCUCUCUCCCCUAGCGAUUCGUUUCUUCUUCUUCUUUCUUCUUUGCCUGUUCAUUCCUUCCGGCUAGAAUCGUAAUUUUUUCCCCUUCCCUUUCGGUUUCUCUGGAGAGAGAAAGAGAAAGAGAGAGAAGAUGGCGGGGGGAGAGCUCCGGAGCUAAUUUCCAAUGCCAAUAUGUACUCUAUCGCAUAAUGUUUGGAUUUGGUCUUUCCCCUAACGAAAGGCUAUAUCUAUGGAAUCAACUAAUCCUUGUAUCUUUCUUCUUUACCUCCGAUUCUUCAUGAAAAUGGGGAUUCGGGCAAGGAUGUAACGGGUCGGAUAAUGCGUAGAUAAUAAUUUAUCUUCAUAGGUUCAACCAACAUGUUUACGGAUUACACGUAUACUAACAUUACAUAAGUGAAAAUUUAUAACAAGAAAUUACAAGAACGAAUGAAGUUGGUUGAAAAAAAAUACAAUUUCGUCAAAAUACUAUAUAUGAAUGAUAAAUAUAAAAUGUUUUAAGAAAAAUACUAUAUAUAUGAAUGAUAAAUAUAAAAUGUUUUAAGAAAAAUGAUGAUUAUUUUUAAACAAUAAACAUAUAUACAUGUGUAUAAAUUGAUAUAUAAAAGCCACAGUUUGGGUACUGUUCAUUAGUGGCCCUCAGUUUCUUUGCCGCGAGUGGGAUUCGUCCAUUUGUUUCUCAUUCACUCAGUCACCAAUCCAACUUCCAACACCCAAAAGUUAAGAGUAAAUUCUAUUACCCCACUCGCCAGUUCAGAACCUUUGGAUCCAUUUAUUAUACAAUGGGUUUGCAUAUUGUAUUCUCCUUCCUCCCCUGUCACUUUCCCACUCAAAGUUGCUUUUCAGCAACAGAGACAACCUUUCUCCAACUCUUUCCAGCUUCCACACCCACACGCAAGCUCCUUCAUCUUCUUUUCCUCUUUUCUUUGGCCCUCUCACCUUCUUUUCACAGCCAUAGCUUCUCUCUUCCGCCCAUCUCACCUCUUCCUCUCAACUCGGUGACUGAAUCCCACCUCCGAAGCUCUCCGACUUAGUCGACGGGUCGAUAAGAACAUACUUUCUCCUUCGAGCUCACUGACAAAAUUCUUAUUGAGAAGCUCGCCGACUUGAUCGGCGCGACGGUGAAAGGGGCUAAGAAUACCGCUCCUCCUUGGAACUCGCCGGCGGAAUCCCAACUCAGAAACUGCCUGACUUAAUCUCAGGUACCGCCUCCUCCUUGCCCUUUAUUGGUUGAAUCCCAUUCCCAAACUCAUAUCUCCUUUCCACCCUAGAAUCUCAGGUCUUGCAUACCUUUCUUGGCGGAAACCCAUGUCCCGAUGCCUAUCUCUCUCCCGCUGUCCAUGAAGACGAAGAAGAAGAAAAGGGGAAUCAUUAAAGUAGAGGGAGAAGAUGCAGAGGAACUACUUCUACAUCGAUUCAAUCUUACUCAUCCGUCUGCGUUCAUCUUUUCUUUCAAUCUAUCACCAACCUAUUCUCUCCCCUCUGAAGUGGCCAAAACCGGUAUGCCUUUACUGCCAGACUAUGAGUUGUAAUAAAAUCACUUUCUUGAUUGGAAUCCUGAGUUCCCGGUUAUUCGCAUACCAUUUGCGGCCACUGUCGGGGGAAUACUGGGUUUUCGUCCCUUCGUCGAUUUGCUGCUAUUUGAAUGGGUGAUUCGGUCCGAACCACUACUCUCCAUCCCCUUUCAGCGCCUGCUCUCUACCACCUCCGAAGAUCCUUCGCAUAUUGUAUUGUUGAGAAUCAACGAUUCAGCUUGCACAUUAAUAUAUCAAGUAGAUAUGGUUUAACUUCAUUAGUUUUUGACAACAUCAUGUUGCAAUACCUCAAAUUUCAUUUUGUAAUUUCUUCUGUUUGUUUUAUUUUAUCUUCUGUAUGUUAGUGGUUCACUGGGUAUAGUAAGCUCCUUAUUAGUUGAUUUAGACAUCUAUAUCUGGAACAUUGACUGGCAAGCUCUUAAAAGAGGGUAUGCUGGUUGCACGACAGGAGCUGUUGGGAUGUGGUGGUUGCUAGCAAUGAAAAUUCUGUAUAAUUUUUUAUUUUUAUUUUUAGACUUGGGUGUAUAUACUUACAUUUUUACUCUUUUUGGAUUUGAUACUGAACGACUUUCUCAAAUUUCCUUUUGCAGAAAAUGCUCCAUGACAACAUCCUCUCUUGAAUGACCCAGCUUGGUCAUUACAACCGAGUUCCGUGCCCUCUAAGGUGGCGCUAGAGAGCAACGUGACAGAUCACACUCCUGUAAAAGCUGAGGUGAUUACUGAUUCAGGUGUUACACGGACAACUCUCAACCAUUGUUUGGUUCAAAUGUUGGGCUUGCAGUUACUUUGCUUAGUUUUUCGUCAUGCCUUUGCCUCAGAGCCUUUACUAAUACCCCUGGGAUGUUAUUCACUUUUGUAUUGGUUUUUCGUUUUUUACAUAGCCUAGCCAUUGUGUUUUCCUGGUUUAAUUCAUAAGUGGUUAGAGAAAUUUCUCUUCUCUUUGCAAUUUUGCCUCAUGCCUCUUGGAUGUUCUUCGAUUGAGGUUUGGUCUAUACAUUUAUGUGAGGUUUACAAUUCAAUUCAGAUUGGGUAUACCGUUGCUUUACAUGUGCUCUUUUCCCUACUUGAUUUAGUCUUAGACGUGGGUAGAAUUAGGAUUGGCAAUGAGUUUUGUCUCAUACAUGUUCACUUUGAAAUUAGUGUUCACCUUUACUAUUGAGUUUACUGUUCGGUUACUUAUUACAGUUACAUUUCUUUGCCUACCAUCAUGUCUCUCCCUCAUAAUCUUUGCUUUUUUCAACUAGUUGUUCGCUUUGUUGGAACCAAACAAGAAUGUCGCAACAGCCUUUAGAUUAUAUCAUGUUGGUUAGUUGCUUUGCAACAAAAAACCUUCUGCCAAGCAUACCUCAUAUUAAUAGAUCAUAGUUAUGCAGACUUUGGAAACACUUUUUACAUGAAAUGGUGAGGCAAUGCUCUAAUUUCUAUCUAAAAUUGCUGUAAAUCCAUCUCUCAGGGAAACUUACUGGCUAUGAUUGCCUUUUUUCUCUUACUAAAGUGACCAACUACUUACAGCAACUCAGGUCUCACAGUAUGGUUUGUUCUUCUAAAAGAAGAUAGCAUAGUUUGUUGACUGUGAUUUUUUUUUUAUGCAGGUGAUUUUGUAGCUGUGGUGGAGAAUGCCAAAAGGUGAAUGGUAGUAAGAAGAAUAUGUGGUUCUGAAUUAGUUUCUUUGCUAAGUUUCUUGGAUUAGUUUCUUUGCUUUUCUUUACUCCUCUUUAUGUGGUUCUGAAUUUGACAGGGUAGAAACAACCAAGGAAGCUUUGCAAUAGAGAAGCCUGACCUGUGAGUCAGAGCAAAUGAGGUUGCACAUUAAUCUCAUCAACAUGACAUCAGGGCAUCUCAAGUGGUGGUUUGUUUACUAUUUAAUGUCCUCAUUUUUUAACGUGAACUAUCUGGACUUAUCAUUUGCCGAUCCUUCAAGUUUUUGUGCGGUUCUUAGAGAAAUUGCAGUAGAUAAACAAACCCCACAACCCUUAGAUGUGCCAAAUUCAUGGUUUUCUCCAUAUCCACCAUUUCGUUAAUCGCCAUUUCUGUUGCCUCUCUACCCUGCUUAUUGUUGUGUCCUACAAUCCAAUCACUACAAUAUUGCACAUUGAAUUUCACUGCUGUUGUAAUCUUACAUCCUUUUUUAAAUGUGAAUAAUGUCAUUUCUAUUUUAUGCAUGGUUUAUAUUGUAAGUCCAUGACCCGUUUGGUUGUCGUUGACUAUAGAACUGCGUUUUACUAUUUGUUCAGAUAUGAUAUGGUUGCAACCUGCUGUAAUGAUCCUUCAUUUGCCAUCAUAAACUCGACCAAUACUGGCUCUUUCGGAUUGCAGCUCUACCAAUCCAUAACCUCCCUCAGUAAGUUCCUAUCUAAUCAAUCCCGACUCUUUCCUUUAAUCGUCCUCUCAUCUUGACAUCUUUUAUUCUCCAUAUGGCACUAAUUAUCGUUAUCAUCUUUUGUUUCGUAGUCUGGGACUUGUGGUAUAUAUGUUUUAUCGCUUUGUUUAUUAAAACAAACAUACAAAACCAUAGAGCUCCGAACUGCGGUUGUGUCGCAUUUUUAAAACAAACAUACAUGUUUUACUACCUUCUCCCUGAAAGAUGUUGUAUGAUACAAAUGCUUUCUCAAUGCUCUUACGUUUGCCGCUUCCAUUUUCCUAACCCCUUAGAAUUACGAUCAUCUUUGCUGUGCUCCUUUCAUCCUUGAUAAUUGUUUAGGCACUUUGGAUCGGGGAUAAUUGGUUCGACCUUGCUGUUUCUUUGUUAGUUAAUUCUUGCUUUCAUGAUCCCGUUGUUGCCAUCUCUGUUUGCCAUUUGUUGUAACUAUAUACCCUUUUUUACUCAAUUUUCCUACUUGCCAACGCGCGAGUUUGAAAUAGGCUGAUGAUCAAUAAUGUUUACCUGUAUCACUGAGAAGGAUAGAUUUGUAUUUCAGAAUAUUUUGCGCCAUUAUUUUUUACGGUGGACGUUUUGAGGUGCAACCAAGCUUAAAAUGCUUAUCAUUCUUUGAUUGCCAUCAGUUUUCGGACAAAGUAUACAUGCACUGAACCUGGCUUGAUUUAGGAUUUCCUUAUUCUAAAUUUUUGUAUUUUUUUUUUCAACAGUCCAAAUUGUUAUCUUUCUUCCUUCUCUACUGUGUUCUUUCUGUUUUUGUUUUAGUUGGUCUUUCCAUCCAUUUGUUAAAUCACUUGAAUCCUAUUUGCUUCUUCAAGAAAUCCUACUCUAUUUUGCAGUUCCUCGAGUACAAUCAGAGUAUAUCUCAUUCCCAAAAUGCUUCUCUUAAGAAUCGAACAUGCCUAGAAUUGCAAACUUCCUAAUUUUCAUAUGGUUCUUCCCUGCUUUUACUUUAACGAGUCCCAAAAUAUAAAGGCCAUAAAGUUGGCAAUUCCUUCUUAAUUUAGUUCGUAUGUGUUUUCUUCAAUAACCUUGCUUUGUUUUGUUUAUUAUAUAUGACUUCCAUUUGUUGAGCAUUUUAUUAGGGAGUGCAGUGGGAGAUAUGAUUCUACCUAUUGCAUCGAAAGGUCUUACCUCAGGUGGAAGGUAUCUAACCUUCAUUGUUUAGUCAUGAAUCGAGAGAGAUAAUUCUUCAAAGGAUAGUUGACAAAGAACUUACUGGGACUGCAACUCUGCAACAAGACCCAGUUAGGCUCUACAACUUCAUCUUAGACGUGCAACAAAUGUCAUGUGACUCCAGGCAGGCAACCUUUGUAAGAUAGCCAACAUGUGCCAUGAACAUACCAAAUUCUUAGAGAUCCUGCAUGUUGUCAAUUAGGUGGAUAUGAUAUGAGUUCAAGUUCCUGUUGUGAAGUAUUGUGGAUGUUCCCUAAGCCUUUUGUGUGAUGGCCUACCCAUGAUUUCGUUAUUUUCGUAUGCCUUAUGAGUUAUGAGUGAACAAGCUAACACUGGAGAGUACGUAAUGCAUCUCUGGUACGAGCGGAACACUCAUGUUUUCAUUAUCAUUUUCAUAUAUGAUUGUUACAUUUAGUACUCCAUGAAGAUCUUUAGACAAUUGUCAACUAUUUUGUUGCGCCUCUAAGGAUUUGUUGUC